AUGAAGUAUCUAUCUAUCUAUCUAUCUAUCUAUCUGAUCGUCUCUCUCUCGCUCUCUCUCGCUCUCUGUCACUCUCUCUCUCUCUCUUUCUCUCUCUCUCUUUCUCUCUCUCUCUCUCUCUCUCCAUCUAGAGAAGUUUCUUUGCCUUGGCAGACCAAUUGGAAAAAGGAAAGGUCUUUCUCUCUGUAUCUCUUUUCCUCUUUCUUUUUCUCUCUUCACUCUCUCUACUUUCUUUCUCUGUCUCUCUCUCUCUUUUCUUUCCUCUUUUUCUCUAAUCUCUCUUUAUUUUCUUUCGUCUUCUCUCUCUUUAUUUUCUUUCGUCUCCUCUCUCUUUAUUUUCUUUCGUCUCCUCUCUCUUUAUUUUCUUUCGUCUUCUCUCUCUUAAUUUUCUUUCGUCUUCUCUCUCUUUAUUUUCUUUCGUCUCCUCUCUCUUUAUUUUCUUUCGUCUCCUCUCUCUUUAUUUUCUUUCGUCUCCUCUCUCUUAAUUUUCUUUCGUCUUCUCUCUCUUUAUUUUCUUUCGUCUCCUCUCUCUUUAUUUUCUUUCGUCUCCUCUCUCUUUAUUUUCUUUCGUCUCCUCUCUCUUUAUUUUCUUUCGUCUUCUCUCUCUUAAUUUUCUGCUAUUUUCUUGCAUCUUUUUCUCCUUUCUAUAUUUUAUCUGAUAUUUUAUUUCGUUUCUCUCUCUCUCUCGCUCUCUCUCUCUCUCUCUCUCUCUCUCUCUCAUGUCAUUUUGUUCUUCCAUUACUUUUUUUUUAUCAAUUCGUGCAUUUACUCCCAAAUUCUUUUGCAACCGCAUUUAUCAUUUUCGACUUAAUUUCUUCCAUUUUUAGAUUUAUUCCUAACCCCUAUUCCACUUGUUCGUUUUCAUAUGAAUACUUGAAAGGGUAUUCUCUUCUUAUUAAAUCCCUCUUUCUCUAUGGCUGUGUUCCUAAAUUGUUCUUAAACAUUAAUCUAUCUAUCUAUCUAUCUAUCAAUCUAUCUAUCUAUCUCUCCAUCCCAAAUCUUCAAUUUUUCUCUUUCCUACUUUCUCUACAUUCAUUUUCACUUCUUUCAUAUUCAUCGAUAGUUUCUCUUUCUGUUUCGCUCAAUUUUUUUCGCUUCCUGCCUUUCUUUAAUUUUCACUCAUUUUCAUUCCAUUUUUCUUCAUUUGUUGGUUGA